AUGCCCCACCGUGAAGCUGAUCAGACCCGAUGGACGACCUGCGCUUCCAAUCUUGUGCUUAUCAGACCCAGAAUGCGCGGAUCAACCACACCACACCGAGCACAGCAGCCGCAGACCAAACGUCUGCACAUCCAACAUCUGCCGCGACAAGCCGUUCAAACGUUCAACUUCAAGUGGCGCGUCAACGAGCCCAUCUUGAACGUGCCCGGGCUUGAUGUGCAGCUGGGUUCUCUUCAUCAUUCCAUCGGAGACGACAUAGUAAAGGUCACAAGUGUGAAUCAAGACAUGGUUCGAUGGAGCGAGCGCCCGAAAAGCGACAGGAAGGUGAAAUGGGGAUCUGUCCGGCCGAUGUGA